CACACCUUCCAGUGGAUGUCUGGCUGUGACAUGGGCCCCGACGGGCGCCUCCUCCGCGGGUACAGUCAGUUCGCCUACGACGGCGCCGAUUACAUCGCCCUGAACGGGGACCUGCGCUCCUGGACCGCGGCAGACACUGCGGCUCAGAUCACCUGGCGCAAGUGGGAAGAGGCCAGGGCAGAGGAUCACGCGAGGAGCUACCUGCAGGGGGCUUGCGUGGAGGCGCUGCUCAGAUACCUGGAGAUCGGGAAGGAGACGCUGCAGCGCACAGACCCCCCCAAGACACAUGUGACCUACCACCCCACCUCUGACCAGAAAGUCACCUUGAGGUGCUGGGCCCUGGGCUUCUACCCUGUGGAGAUCUCCAUGACCUGGCAGCGAGAUGGGAAGAACCAGACCAAGGACACGGAGCUGGUGGACACCAGGCCCGGUGGGGAUGGAACCUUCCAGAAGUGGGUGGCUGUGCUGGUGCCUUCUGGAGAGGAGCAGAGAUACACGUGCUAUGUGCAACAUGAGGGGCUGCCGGAGCCCUGAGUCUUGAGAUGGGGUGAGGAGAGCCCCCUCCUCAGCCCUCCAUCCCCUCCGGGGGCCUCAUUGCUGGCCUGGUUCUCCUUGGAGCUGUGCUCACUGGGGCUGUGGUGGCUGCAGCUGUGAUGUGGAGGAAGAAACGCUCAGGCAGCGACAGUCUCCAGGCUCUGAGAUGUGGUCAGCCCCUACAGGGCCCGGUGUCCAGCACCAAGAGGUGACAACCGACCCUCAGGGCCCUGGUCUGCGGGCCUCAAGGCUCCCGGCCCCUGCAGUCAGCGCCUGAGCCCAGGGACUAACUGAGGGGCUCAGCCGGGCUGGACUUACCUCCCUCGCUCAGCUCAGAGCACUUUCUCCCUUGGCGCCUCCAUGUCCUCAUCUCUGGGGUCAGAUGGCAUCAUUGUAGGUGACUCUUUCCCUGGUUCCUUCUGUGGAGUCUCCACAGCUCUCCUUGCGCUGUAUCUUGGCAGGUCCUGUAGUGUAUGUAUAUAUGUGUGUGUAUAUAUCUAGGUAUCUAUGAAUUUGUGCAAUAUUUUGUGAUUUAUAUUAUAAGUAUAAAGAAACAUAUCUGG